CACUUCCACAUCUACCAAGUGGGCGGAGUGACCUGCUGUGGACGAAUCAGAUUCCUCUCUGCACCAGCUUCAAGAGGUGAACCCGGGGCUCAAGGGUCCCAGACACCCAGCAGCAGGAGCAGCAGCAGCAGCAGCAGCGCCUGUGGAGAAGACUAGAGACCGGAACCAUGGACGACCAGCGCGACCUCAUCUCUAACCAUGAGCAGGUGCCCAUACUGGGCCAGCGUCCUAGAGCCCCGGAAAGGUGCAGCCGUGGAGCCCUGUACACAGGCUUUUCUGUCCUGGUGGCUCUGCUCUUGGCUGGGCAGGCCACCACUGCAUACUUCCUGUACCAGCAGCAGGGCCGUCUAGACAAGCUGACCGUCACCUCCCAGAACCUGCAACUGGAGAGCCUUCGCAUGAAGCUUCCUAAAUCUGCCAAACCUGUCAGCCAGAUGCGGAUGGCUACCCCCUUGCUGAUGCGGCCACUGCCCAUGGAAAACAUGCUCCAGGGGCCUGUGCGGAAUGCUACCAAGUACGGCAACAUGACCCAGGACCACGUGAUGCACCUCCUCCUGAGGUCUGGACCCCUGGAGUACCCACAGCUGAAGGGGAGCUUUCCAGAGAACCUGAAACACCUUAAGAACUCUAUGGAUGGUCUGAACUGGAAGGUCUUUGAGAGCUGGAUGAAACAGUGGCUUUUGUUUGAAAUGAGCAAGAACUCUCUGGAGGAGAAGCCUACUGAAGCUCCGCCUAAAGCGUCAGUGCUGACCAAGUGCCAGGAAGAGGUCAGCCACGUCCCUGACGUCCAUCCGGGUGCGUUCCGUCCCAAGUGCGAUGAGAACGGUAACUAUUUGCCACUCCAGUGCCACGGGAGCACUGGCUACUGCUGGUGUGUGUUCCCCAACGGCACCGAGGUCCCUCACACCAAGAGCCGCGGGCGCCAUAAUUGCAGUGAGCCACUGGACAUGGAGGACCUGUCUUCCGGCCUGGGUGUGACCAAGCAGGAUCUGGUUAUGUGAAGGCAGAGGCCAGCUCUGCACAGCAGCAGCUUUCCUGUCCUCCUGUGCCCCAGCCUUUCUGCCUUCCCUGACGUCACAUCCCACUUCCUGCCGCCUUGCACCUUGGGGCUUGAGGCUGGUGUCCGCUUCCUCAUCCCUGGACACGACCAAUACAACCAGAAGAGAAUGAGGGUGCUGGAGGGCCCCGCUGCCCACCCCUAUCGAAAGGAACAGAAAGCUCAGAGUGGGCAAUGCUAGGUGGACCCCCAUUUCUGACCCAUUAGCAGUCUCCAACAACGUGAGGCGUUGAGAUGUAGGCCCACAGACAGGGAUAAGGGGUGCUCCACCCUUAACCUACACUGGACACAUCUGCUGUCUUCUCCUCAAGGAAGAACCCAGGCCCUCCUUCCAGAAACUCUUCCUCACUUCCUGCCAAAAUCCCCAGGUCCCUUGCUCAGCCAAGCUUGUCAGCAGCCUAUAGGAUCAUGGUUCAUGUGACAAUAAAAGGUAGUAAGUAGAA